CGCGCUUCCGUCCCCCACCCAGCUGCACACACACAUAUAUAUAAUGUUCAAAUUCCUCCUCCGUUCACAUUCACACCAUUUCUUCUUCGUCUCUGAUUAAUCAAAGAUUUCUACACAGAAAAUUUCGAGCUUAUUUAAUGGAAAUCUCUGCUUUCCCUCACCCCAUCUCCGACGACUUCUUCCUAGUUAAUCCCAUCGGAUUCUUCCACGAUUCUGACCUCUCCGGCAGCUUCCCGCAACCCGUGUCCAAGAAGAUCAAACCCAUUGAUCCAAUCGAAGAGAUUCUCAGCUGUUUCGUGCUCUCCGAUUACAGAAUGCCGGAUACAGAGCAUAUUCCGGCGUGCUCCGGUGAGGAUGCGGUGUUUCCCGGUGGUCAAUCUUCGCCGGAGAUAGUGAUGAAUGAGAACAGGAAGCGCAGCCGCGGUGGGUCUGAGGAUGUUGCGACGUCCAGCGGAAGUGCGCCGCAGCAAGGCAACCGGAGGUUGUGGGUGAAGGAGCGGUCGACGGCGUGGUGGGAGCAGUGCAACAGUCCGGAGUUCCCGGAGGCGGAGUUCCAGCGAGCGUUUCGGAUGAGCCGAGCCACUUUCGACUUCAUCUGCGACCAGCUCGAGCCGGCGGUGACGAAGAAGGACACCACCCUCCGCCUCGCCAUCCCGGUCCGCCACCGCGUGGCGGUCUGCAUUUGGCGGCUAGCCACCGGCGAACCUCUCCGGGAGGUCUCGAAGAGGUUCGGGCUGGGCAUCUCCACCUGCCACAAGCUCGUCCUCGAAGUGUCAGCGGCAAUCCGGACCGUUCUCAUGCCGAAAUUCCUCCGGUGGCCGGAAGAACAGGGCAUAACGAACAUCAAACGCGAAUUCGAACUCCUCACCGGAAUCCCAAACCUCGCCGGAGCAAUGUACACCACCCACAUUCCGAUCGUCGCCCCGAAACUCUCGGCCUCGGACUACUUCAACCAGCGCCUCACGGAGAGGAACCAAAAGCCGUCGUACACCGUCACAGUCCAAGGCGUCGUUGACUCCGCCGGAAUCUUCACCGACGUCUGCAUCGGGUGGCCGGGAUCCAUGGCGGACGACAAAAUCCUCGCAAAAUCCGCUUUUUACGAGCGGGCAAACAGGGGACUCUUGAAAGACCUCUGGGUCGUCGGGAAUUCAGGGCAUCCGUUAACAGACGGGAUCCUAGUGCCAUACACUCACCGCAAUCUGACGUGGGCGCAGCACGGGUUCAACGAGAGAAUCUCCGGCGCGGAGGCGGUGGCGAAGGAGGCGUUCAUGCGGCUGAAGGCGCGGUGGAGCUGCCUGCAGAGGAGGACGGAGGCGAAACUGCAGGACUUGCCGGUGGUUUUGGGGGCCUGCUGCGUCCUGCACAACAUCUGCGAGAUGAGAGGGGAAGAAUUGCGGCCGGAGUUAAGGUUCGAUCUGUACGAUGACGAGGUUGUCCCGGAAAAUCCGGUUCUGUCGGCCGCCGCAAUGCACUCCCGGGAUCAGAUUGCCCAUAAGCUUCUCCAUCAAAUUGUAUAGAAUUUGUUCCCAAUCUAUAUGGAGUUGAGAGAUUUAGGGAUUGAUUUUUUUUAAAUAAAAGGAAAUUAUAUUAUUGAUAGUAAAUUGAAAUGUCUCUA